UCUAUGCGCGCAGAGACGAGACGAGCAACGUCCAGCAGCACCUGAAAAUCCAACCUUUUUUUUUUUAAAUUAAUUAUAAAAAACAGCGGUGCUAUUCUUCUUCUCAAAUUCCUUUCAUUGUUUUAAAUAUCGCACGAAGAGUGGCGAGACUCCCUGUGUCCUCACAACCACCGCGCGCUGUUUCGCAGUCAGAGAGGACUUGUCUGCUUGGAGUCACUUCUCGUUCCUCCUCGGACCGUUUUGUAAGCAUGCGAUGUGCCGCGACAGAUAGAGCAGAACGACAAUGAAGAGGUUAACCACACCUUUGAGAGCGGACAUCUCUCCAGUAGCCUCUUGACCAACUUUGUUGCGCAUUAAGAUGCGCCCCACAGAAGAGGAGUUGGAUGAGGAACUUUUUGCGUGAGUUUUUGCUACCUUCAGAAAACAGGUACCUCCUAUGUAUUUAAGAAAUAAUCCAACUCGCUGUUGGCUGAGCUCGUCGCUAAUUUAAAUUUUGCUGGGGAAACUUGAGGAUUUGCUGCGUUCAACAUGACGGUUCGUCUAUCACGGAUCCAACUGGCCCUGUUCUUUAUCUUGCUCUGUCCGGUCAAUAUCAUCGGACUCUGGUGGGCGGUGGGCAGUCCGCUGGUGAUGGACCCCAACAGCAUUUGCAGAAAGGCGAAGCGUCUGGCAGGGAAGCAGGCUGAGCUGUGCCAGACUCAGCCAGAGAUCGUCAGUGAGGUGGCCAAAGGAGCCAGGCUGGGCGUCAGGGAGUGCCAGUACCAGUUCAGGUACCGCCGGUGGAACUGCACUAGCCACAACAAGUACUUUGGCAAAAUACUGCAGCAAGAUAUCAGGGAGACAGCGUUUGUUUAUGCCAUCACGGCGGCCGGUGUGACCCACGCCGUGACCCAGGCCUGCAGUAUGGGAGACCUCCUGCUGUGUGGCUGUGAGGCGACCAGGAACAGAGCACCUCCAAGGCCGUCCUCAUCCUCGCCCACUGGAGACGGAGUCAAGUGGGAGUGGGGGGGCUGCGGAGAUGAUGUGGAGUUUGGUUAUGAAAAGUCGAAACAGUUUAUGGAUGCCAAGAGAAGAAGGGGCAAGAGUGACAUCAGGACGCUCAUUGACCUGCACAACAACGAGGCUGGGCGGCUGGCGGUGAAGCUCUACAUGCGGACAGAGUGCAAGUGCCACGGUCUGUCGGGGUCGUGCACCUUGCGCACGUGCUGGAAAAAGAUGCCUCAUUUCCGUGAGGUGGGCGACCGCCUGCUGGAGCGCUUCAACGGUGCUUCCAAGGUGAUGGGUGGCAACGAUGGCAAGACCCUGAUCCCUGUCGGCCAGAACAUUAAGCCACCAGACAAGCAGGAUCUGAUCUACUCUGAUGAGUCACCCGAUUUCUGCCUUGCAAAUCGGAAAACUGGCUCGCUCGGGACAAGGGGGCGCAUGUGCAACAGCACAGCCAUGGACAUCAGCGGCUGCGACCUGCUGUGCUGCGAGCGCGGCUACUGGGAGGAAUCAGUGGUGUUGGAGGAGAACUGUCUGUGUCGUUUCCACUGGUGUUGUGUGGUCCAGUGCAAGAAAUGCUUGGUCCGAAAAGAGCUUAGUCUCUGUCACUGAUGAACUGAGGUUGACAGCAGUCAAUAUGACUUGGUUACUUCUGUUACAUUUGGAGGUUUUUGCUUUAGUUUGGCUGGUGUGAAAGAAGGAAAAGAUGUGGAUUUUCAUGGUGAUCCUUUUGUUUUUGCACCAGUCACAUUCAGAUAGUAUUUUAUCAUAGUUCUGGCUUCUUGAUUCCCAGGAAUGUGGAUUUGAAUGCAACCACAUGGAAACAAAAGCAGGGGGACUAAAGGAAGUCAAAUAGAGAAUAUGUUUGUUUCUGAGCUACCUAUUUUUCUUUUUCUUGUUUUUGAAAAAGGACCAAAGAAUGUCAAAAUAUGUAUUUUUUCUGAAAUGAAAGAGGAGGUUCCUUGGUGUCAAUUCCACCACCAGUUAAACAACACUGCUUGUUGUUAGCUGUCAGUUAAAAACAAAGAGUUUCAGACUUCACCUUGUGCUGAUGCACUGAUUUGGUUAUGGAAUGACUGUAGGUAGAAAGCAUGCCAACAGUUGCAUCCUUCAUUGGAGUAAUCCAUUCUUUACACUUUUACUCUUUUCUUUUGGGUUUCAGAAAAAACACCACCCUGCACACUCUUUAUAUGCAGAGCCACACUCCUACUACAGCCCCAUGCACAUCAUUUCAGCAUGUGGAGAAACCCUCUAGGCUUGACAGACCUGCCAUUCUCGGUUACGGCUGCUGAGCUAUGAUUGGACAAUUGCUAAUGUGGGAGAGGUUUAGCAAACCAUCAAUUGUAUAAAUGGCUGCUAAUCUAUGAGGGCCAUACUGACUAUCAUGAACCUUUUUGAGUCUCUGACGAUUCUUUAUUGUGUUAUCCGUUAUUUUACGUCUGUCAGAUCUACAGGAUCAUAGAAAGAUUAAGCCCCGAUAUUCCUAAUUAGGCAUGAGCAAUAAACAGAGAAUCUUUAUAUUUUACCACAAAUCUUAAAAAUGUUGUUAUAAAUGUCUCUCAGUUACAUUAACUGUAGCUUUAAGUAAAUAUCAAACAUCAAAUACAAACAAUGCGGAUCUCGAUUUAUUUUUUCUACUACUGCAACAAAAAUAAACUAAAAAGGGAAACGGUAUCACAUUAUCAUAUUUGAAGAAUGCUGUCAACACCAUGUUUUGCAGGUGUGGACUUGGCCUGCCAGCAAAGACUGUUAUUUAUAUAAAGAUAUGAUGACAAGACUACUCACUUCCAUCUCUCUCAGAAGCACUUUGGAUACGAUGGCUGCCAUGGACUUCCUCAAUAGGUUGGCAAUAAAACCUUUUGCGGUUGUCUGUUUCUGUUAAACCAAAAAAGAGAAACCUUUAUUCACAUUUCAUUGUUUGUUAUCGAGAAACUGUAUAUAAUGUAUUUUGUUUAUCUGUUAUGAUAUACAGGGCUAAUGUAAUAAUGCACUUUGGAUGUUAGCUUUUGUUUGAUACUGUAUAUGCAGUGUGUGUGUGUGUGUGUGUGCGUGUGUUUGAGAGAAAGUGUUGAGUAUGUGUUUGUGCAGGUUGGCCAGUUAUCACCGUAUCCUUCAGUUGACAGUACCUUUUAUAGGCCUAUAUCUCCAAUCAAGUUGCUGUCUGACAUUAAACUGCAUUAUGUUGGUUAUUAAAAGCACACUGCUCUUUGACUCUCUGCCUCUGUGUGAGGCAGACAAGAUGUUAUAUUUGCUCAUAUUCAGAGGAAGUAUGUUUCCCAUAAACCUGUCGUCUCAUUUACACUCACAUUUUAUUACCAGACAAUGUAGAGUAAGUAUACUGAACUAUAAUAAUACAUUGCCUCCACUUGUUCUGAUAAGGCUGUUGUCCCUGCUGUUGUCUCUGCUGUGGUCUCUGAGUGUUUAGGUUCAGAAUCAGCCUGUUUUGAUUUUACAGUUGGUGAUGUUUAUGUUUCUGGAAGCUAUCAUUGUUCAGAUCUGGCUGUUACAUACUAACACAGUUACUUUCAAAGUAAAAAAAAAACACUAGUAUACAGUACAUUUUAAGUCAAAGUGGAUAUUCGCUGUUAGUCUUACAUUUAAGAGACGAUAGUCGGAUUGUUUUUGGAGUAUUCAUCAAAAGCCUUUUCGGCCCCACAUAUUUAGCAAGACUGCGUUCUUGUCAUUUCAAUGACCCAAUGCAACAUAUGGAUCAUUAUUACGAUAAUCACUGUUGCAGCAAUGAAGCAACUGAGAGUAUUUUUAUGAAGAGCAUACAUAUAUUGAAUAUUAGAAUGAGAACAACAAAAAACAACUCUAACACUUUACAAAAGGGCCAGUAAAUAUCUUUACGUGGUAAUCAUGAUGACAUGCUUUUUAGUUAGUUAUUGUUUCCCAGUAACUUUGACUGUGUUAUUAUAAUGUGAGGAAUGAUGAGGUGAUGGCAACAUUAUAUGAUAUUUGUAUAACGUUUUGGGCUGACUUAAGUAGUGACAUUAACAGUGCUGUCUGAUAUUGUGAACUUCUCUAUCUGAUAAGACCAUUUAAUAUCUGCAUAUGUUAAAUUAAGCAAAAUCAAAGUACUUUUAGCAAAUACCUUAACUGGGUUUGGUGGGAAACAACAGUAUGUAGCAAAAGGAAGGAGCAUAUUAAAGCAUUUCUACCAGAAUGGAAACAAAAAAAACACCUCAGUGACAACUAAUGCAACCCAUCUUUGGCCAACUAAGUUGUGUGUCAGCAACUUACCAUCAUUUCGUUAUCUAUUCAAAGGCAUUUUGUUUGCUUCACAUUUUGUUAUGCUCUUCAUUUUUGUAUUCUUCAGAUAUCAUUUCAUAUCUAGAUGUUAUGUUGCAUUUUCAUUUAGCGUACAACCACUGUGUGUGACGCACAAU